AUGGAGUCCCUGUUCGGCUUCUGGGACGCGCAAUCGCAGCGGAGGAGGACGGGCGGCAGCGGCGUCGGCUUCGAAUCGCUCAAGCGUCUGGGUCACAUCUCACCUGCUGUGUACCUCACCCUAUGCUCCGCGCUGGCCUUCUCUGCGCUCGGCGCUUACCUCCACAUCCUCCUCAACGUCGGAGGCACCCUCACGACCCUCGGAUGCCUGGUCGCCAUCGCCUACCUCAUCUCCCUGCCCGCCUCACAGGACCAGGAGAGGAACCGCUUCGCCCUGCUCAUGGCUGCCGCGCUCCUUCAAGGCGCCUCCGUUGGCCCGCUCGUCGACCUUGUUAUUGACUUCGAUCCGAGGAUUCUCGUGACGGCGUUCGUUGGAACCGCAAUUGCUUUUGGAUGCUUCUCUGGCGCUGCCAUCAUCGCCAAGCGCAGGGAGUACCUGUACCUCGGUGGUCUGCUUUCAUCUGGCCUCUCAAUUCUUCUCUGGCUGCAGUUUGCUACUUCAAUCUUUGGCCACACCAGCACCACCUUCAUGUUUGAGCUCUACUUUGGCCUCCUGGUUUUCCUGGGAUAUAUGGUGUUUGACACCCAGGAGAUUAUCGAGAGGGCGCACGGUGGGGACAUGGACUACAUCAAGCACGCGCUGACUCUCUUCACCGACUUUGUUGCCGUUCUUGUUCGGAUCCUUGCCAUCAUGGCAGCUCCACCGUCACCGCUCCGGUCCUUGGCCGCCGCCGCCGCCGCCGCCAAAAGUGGUCAUGCGGCCUUGUACCAGGACGGUCGUCGUCGUCGUCUGCUAGAGACAGUUGGUGGAGUCCGCCAGCGCAAGAUCCUUGCUCUGGUGCCGUGUUUGGGCCAUGAACGGGGCCCCCUCGUUCCGGCGUCUGACCACUGGGGCAACUGGACCUUCCUCCUAAGCACCGCCGCCCUGGGCAUCUGGUCGGAGAAGCGGACCCCCGUGGGCAAGGCGCUGAGCGGGGCGCUGGUAAGCGUCCUGCUGGGGCUGGCGGCCAGCAGCGCCGGCGUGGUGGCGGCGGACGCCCCGGCCUACCGCGUGGUGCUGGAGUACCUGCUGCCGCUGGCCAUCCCGCUGCUGCUCUUCCGCGCGGACCUGCGCCGCGUGCUCCGCUCAACGGGGGCCCUGCUGCUGGCAUUCCUGCUCGGAUCUCGUCCGUAA